GUCGCCUCUCUCUCCCGGGACCAGCCGAGCCGGAUGGCCGCGAUGGCUGCGCGUUGCUUGGCCGGCUGGAGGCCGCUGCUGGCCCGCUGGCCCCGGGGCCGCGCCGGCUACCACAGCGAGCGCGGCGUCUACGGCUACAAGCCCGGCCAAGCGGAGCAGGAGCCCCGCGGGGGCGCUGAGCGAGCGGCAUCCUGGCGGCCAGCAGCCGACCAUGGACUGGCUCGUUUAGUGACGGCGUACCACGAACAUGGCCACAAAGCUGCCAAAAUCAAUCCUCUCUUUACUGGCCGGGCUGUGAUGGAGGCGGUGCCGGAAAUUCAGGUGUUGGCAGAAACCUUACAAGGUCCUUUCAAUACAGCAGGGCUUUUGAACAUGGGGAAGGAGGAAGCCUCGCUCGAAGAUGUCCUGUCUUACCUGGAGGACAUCUUCUGUGGACAUAUCUCCAUAGAGACCAGCCAGCUGUCCAGCAUGCAAGAGAAGGAGUGGAUGGCCAAACGGUUUGAGGAACUGAAGCAAGAAGCUUUUACUACCGAAGAGAAAAAGUAUUUGUCCAAGAUCAUGCUAGAAUCUCAGGAGUUUGACCGCUUCCUAGCCACCAAGUUUGCAACAGUGAAGCGCUACGGGGGCGAAGGGGCGGAGAGCAUGAUGGGCUUCUUCCAUGAAUUGCUGAAGAUGUCCUCGUAUAGCGGCGUAACGGAUAUUGUCCUCGGGAUGCCACACCGGGGAAGACUUAAUCUCCUCACAGGCCUCCUUCACUUCCCACCCGAGCUGAUGUUUCGUAAGAUGCAAGGCUUGAGCGAAUUCCCGGAGGACUCCGCUGCCAUUGGGGACGUCCUCUCCCACCUCACGGCCUCGGUGGAGCUGGACUUCGGGUCUCACCGCCCGAUUCACGUCAUCCUGUUGCCGAACCCUUCCCACCUGGAAGCCAUCAACCCCGUGGCGGUCGGCAAAACUCGAGGGAGGCAGCAAACGUUGUCGGAUGGGGAUUACUCCUUAGCCAGUUCGGCUCGGCCGGGAGAUAAAGUCAUUUGCCUGCAGGUUCACGGAGACGCUUCGUUCUCCGGCCAAGGGAUUGUUCCGGAAACGUUUACCCUUUCCAACCUACCCCAUUUCAGAAUCGGGGGAAGCGUCCACCUCAUCGUAAAUAACCAACUGGGCUACACCACCCCGGCGGAGCGAGGAAGGUCCUCUCUGUAUUGUAGCGAUAUCGGUAAGAUAGUCGGCUGUGCUGUUGUCCACGUGAACGGAGAUGACCCAGAAGAAGUUCUCAGAGCUGCCCGACUGGCGGUGGAGUAUCAGCGACUCUUCCGGAAGGAUGUGAUUGUGGACCUCCUCUGCUAUCGGCAGUGGGGUCACAAUGAACUCGAUGAACCCUCUUUCACCAACCCCACCAUGUAUAAAAUAAUCAGAUCCCGGAAAAGCAUCCCGGAUACUUACGCGGAGGGCCUGGUGGCCGAGGGACUUACAACCGAGCAAGAAAUAGCGGAGAUAAAAGCUUCCUAUUACUCCAAGCUCAACGAGCAUCUCUCCACCAUGGCGAUGUACGCGCCUCCCUGCCCCAACCUCCAGGCCCACUGGAGCGGCCUGGUGGACCCCACGCCGAGGGUCACAACGUGGGACACAGGGGUCCCUCUGCCGCUCCUCCAGUAUGUCGGAGUCAAGUCGGUGGAAGUGCCUGAAGAAUUACAAGUACACAACCACAUCCUGAAGACACACGCUCAGUCACGAGUGCUGAAGAUGGAGGAAGGAGUGAAGUUAGACUGGGCCACUGCUGAAGCAUUAGCCUUUGGUUCCCUACUGUGUCAAGGUUUCAACCUUCGUCUAAGCGGGCAAGACGUCGGCCGGGGAACGUUCAGCCAGAGACACGCCAUGUUGGUUUGUCAAGAGACGGGGGACACCUACAUCCCUUUGAACCACAUGUCUGCAGAUCAGAAGGGCUUCCUUGAGGUAAGCAACAGCCCCCUGUCGGAGGAAGCGGUGCUGGGCUUUGAGUACGGGAUGAGCAUCGACAGCCCCAACCUCCUGCCCAUUUGGGAGGCUCAGUUUGGGGAUUUCUUCAACGGGGCUCAGAUCAUCUUUGAUACCUUUAUCUCUGGAGGGGAGGCCAAGUGGCUCCUGCAGAGCGGACUCGUGGUCCUCCUUCCGCACGGUUACGAUGGCGCUGGACCGGAACAUUCCUCUUGCCGAGUCGAACGGUUCUUGCAGAUGUGCGAUAGCUCGGAGGAAGGGAUCGACGGCGACCACGUGAAUAUGUCCGUGGUCCACCCAACCACGCCGGCGCAGUAUUUCCACUUACUCCGGAGGCAGAUGGUUAGGAAUUUCCGGAAACCCCUCAUCGUGGUGUCGCCCAAAACUCUCCUUCGCUUACCUACUGCCGUCUCCAGCUUACUAGAAAUGGCCCCUGGAACCACCUUCAGACCCGUCCUUGGGGAUUCAACAGUGGAUCCUAAAAGCGUCAGCAAGGUGAUUCUCUGUUCCGGCAAGCAUUAUUACACGUUGGCCAAACACCGAGAGCUUCUAGAGGAGAAGAAGCACAACACUGCCAUUGUGAGGCUAGAAGAAUUGUGUCCUUUCCCUCUCGAACCUCUGCGAGAAGAGAUGAACAAGUUCACUAACGCCAAAGCUUUCAUCUGGAGUCAGGAAGAACCUCAGAAUAUGGGGCCCUGGACAUUUGUGGCCCCAAGGUUUGAAAAGCAACUGGCUUGUAAGCUCUGCCUUGUCAGCCGGCCUGCCUUACCAGCUCCUGCCGUGGGCAUCGGAGUCCUGCACCAGAAGCAGCAGCAAAAACUCCUCGCCGAAACAUUUGCUUGAAGCCUUAAGCCAGUGUUUCUCAACCUUGACAACUUGAAGAUGUCCGGACU